GCCUGCGCAGCACCUCCCUGUGGGGCGGAGCUCGGUGCUGCCCCUCGGCUGGGUUUAAAGGGCGAUCAGUUGUUUGGUGUAUAUCUAUUAAAGGGUUAUCAGUUGUUCUGUGUGUAUUUAUGUCUCCCUUUAGUGUCUGUGUGCUUCUUAGGUGGCCCAGAUGGAUUAGGUGUGUGUGUCAGUGGGAUUUGGGAAGGAUCUGCCAAAGAAAGAUGAGGUGUAUCAAGCUUUGAAUCAUUGGAUCCCAUUUGAAUCCCUAUGUAGGGUUGGAGCUGCUCACUAUGUAGGGUCAGUGUUUGGGUUUGGAACAGAACAGAGCCCUUAUGUGAGUGGGAUUGGGGAGAGUCUGUGAAGGAAACUGAGUUGUGGCCCGUUUCUGGUGGGGUUCCUAUUUAAGUUCUGUGUCAAAGCUGGUUACUGUCUAUGGUGUUAGAGUUUAGAAGUGUAGUUCAAGGCUUCCUUGAGAGUUCAUAGUGUUUUGUCUUUUAAAGGUUUUGCAUUUGGUGCUGACUAUACAAAAAUGAUCACAUAUUUUAUUCUUGUAGAAGUGCUUGUGAAUAUUGGGUCUCUACAGCCAUGCCAAGAUGUUUUCUGCCACAUGUACAUGUCUGGAAAGGCUUUUUGGCUUUCCAUUAUGGGGUGGAGCAUAUAAUGAACAGGACAGGCUCUUUUCCUGCUGGUAGGAUAGACUUGAGUAGGGGAAGCACUCACAGACCUUAUUGGUUUCUUCCAUCUGAUGCACGAGGACUUACGUUCACUACAGGGGCUGGUGGAGUGGUCUGGGAAGAGAAGAGAGCUUUCAGCUUGCUCAGAUCGGCUCUGCAAGUGGCAGAUAUAUCAGAAGAGCAUCUGAAAGUACUUGAAUGCUUUGCUGUUUAGGGGUCAGUGCUUCCUCUGACAACCUACUGGAUGGAUUUCCAGAGCCGGUUUGCCUUCCCCAUUGGGAUAUUGCUAUGCUGUACUCUUCAGACAUCGGCUGUUCAACUCCCUGCAUCCAAAAACUGCACCAGCAGUGGUCAAAGAAUAUCCUUCAGCCACUCCUACAAGAUUGACCUGCCUACAACCUCCCAGAUCAAGGUGGAGGCGGAUCCACUGCAGCACGAAGGCUACAGUGGGGUACAGCUAGAUCCUAGUGAAGCUGAGGAAAAUGAAGAGCAGGAUAUCGUCUUUAGGCACAACAUCCAUGUGCAUGCACCCAAAGAGAGCUGUGAAACUCUGGCCCAUGUUAAAGAUCUCCUUGAGAGGAUGGAGAUGCUAGAGAAAGAAGUUGCAAAGCUGAGAGAAGCCUGCAGCCCUCAGAAGUGCUGUGGGGGAAGCCAGGGUGUCACGCAUUGCAGUGGUCAUGGGACGUUCCUCUAUGAGACCUGCAGCUGUAAGUGUGCAGAGGGCUGGGAGGGCACUGACUGCUCCCUCCCCACCUGCCCCAACCUCUGCAGUGGCCACGGGCGCUGUGAUGGCGGGAGGUGUAUCUGUGAUGAGCCUUAUUUCAGUGAGGACUGCAGCCAGCAGCUCUGUCCUGAGAACUGCAGCGGCAAUGGGAUCUGUGACACAGCUAAAGGGGUCUGCCUGUGCUAUGAAGAAUUCAUCGGAGAGGACUGCAGUGAGAAACGAUGUCCCGGGGACUGCAGUGGCAAUGGGUUCUGUGACACAGGAGAGUGCUACUGCCACGAGGGGUUCUUUGGCCUUGACUGCUCCCAAGUGCUCGCUCCUCAGAACUUGCAGCUGCUGAAUGUUACAGAGGAUUCCAUGGCUGUCAGCUGGGAUCGUAUGAUUGAUGUGGAUAAUUACCUCAUCAGCUAUUACCCAGUAGGGCACGAGACACUGGAGAAACAAGUCCAUGUGCCCAAAGAGCAUCUCAGCUAUGAGGUUAUAGGCCUCCAUCCUAGCACCACAUACAAUGUCACACUUCGUCACGUGAAGAAGGGGAUAACCAGUGAGCCCGUGCAUCUGGAAGCAAGUACAGUCCUAUCAGCACUCAAUACCAUCUGGGUGACAGAGGAGAUGGAAUAUUCCCUGGAAGUAGAGUGGGAAAACCCACCAACAGAUGUGGAUUUUUACAAGCUGAAAUUCACAUCCCUGAUGGACACAGAUGAGAAGCAGGUUGUGGUGCCCAAAAGCAGCGACCCCAAGAGCAGACACAUCAUGACUGGCCUGAAACCUGGCAUGGAGUAUGAGGUUACUGUCAUACCUGUGAAAGACGAUACAGAGGGCAAACCAUCCUCAGUGAGUGGCAGGACAGGAAUUGAUAGCCCAACCAACGUGGUGACAGGUCGAGUAACAGAGGACACAGCCACUGUCUCGUGGAAUAAAGUUCAGGCUCCCAUAGACAGAUACAUGGUGAGAUACACCUCAGCUGAUGGAGGCACCAAGGAAACAGAGGUAGGCAGUGAAAGCAGCACUGUCACCUUAUGGAAUCUGAAGCCAGGCAUGGAAUACACCAUCCACAUCUGGGCAGAGAAGGGACCCCACAGGAGCAAGAAAGCCAGCACCAGAGCUCUGACAGAGAUUGACAGCCCAACUAUGCUGUUGACCGACCAAGUGACAGAGAAUGCAAUCACAGUUUCCUGGAAGAAAGUCCAGGCUUUAAUAGACAGAUACAGAGUGAAUUACACCUCAGCUGAUGGGGAUACAGAGGAGAGAGAAGUGGAGAAAGACAAGGAUAGCACCACCUUGGCAGGACUGAAGCCAGGCAUGGAGUAUGUUAUUCACAUCUGGGCAGAAAAGGGAGAACAACAGAGUAAGAGGGCCAGCACUGAGGCUGUGACAGAAAUUGACAGCCCCACUCACCUGGUGACUAAUCAAGUGACGGAGGACACUGUCACCAUCUCCUGGGACAGGGUUCUGGCUCUUAUAGAUAAGUAUGUGGUGAAUUACACCUCUGCCCAUGGUGAUACUGAGGAGAUCGAAGUGGGGAAGAACAACACUGCUACAACUCUGGUAGGACUGAAACCUGGCACUGAAUAUGUCAUCUACCUCUGGGCAGAGAAAGGAGUGAGGCAGAGCAAGAGGACCAGCACUGAGGCAGUGACAGAAUUGGAUAGCCCAAAGAAUCUGGUAACUGACCAAGUGACAGAAGACUCAGCCACAAUCUCCUGGGAUAGUGUCCGAGCUCCCAUAGAUAAGUACAUUGUGAGCUACACCUCUGCUGAUGGGGACACCAAGGAAAUAGAAGUGGGGAAGGCCAAGAGCACUACAACUCUGUUGGGGCUGAAAGCAGGCAUGAAGUACACCAUCCAUCUCUGGGCAGAGCUGGGGAGCAUACAGAGCAAGAAGGCAAGCACUGAUGCGCUCACAGAGAUUGAUCCUCCCAAGAAUCUCCGUGUAUCAGAUGUGACUCACUCUACUGGUGUAGUUACUUGGGCUCCUCCUGAAGCACAGACUGAUGGCUACACUCUGACUUACCAGGAUCAAAAUGGCACCAGUAAGGAAGUGCAGCUGGGUCCUACAGAACAACAGUUUGUGCUGGAAGGACUGGAACAAGGAACAAAGUACACUGUGUUUGUGAUGGCCUAUAAGGGGGUUCACCAGAGCAGAAAGACAGUCGGUACCUUCUCAACAGUUAGCUUCCUCUACCCAUACCCUGCAGACUGCGCCCAGAUGCAGCAGAAUGGAAACACUUCCAGUGGCAUGUACACCAUUUAUCUCAAUGGCGAUGGCAGCAGGCCCAUGCAGGUGUACUGUGACAUGACCACCGAUGGAGGCGGGUGGAUAGUGUUUCAGAGGCGGAGCACUGGUGAACUGGAUUUCUACAAACGCUGGAAGAAUUAUGUGGAAGGCUUUGGAGAUCCCACUGGGGAAUUUUGGCUCGGUCUUGACCAGCUGCACAAUCUCACAAGCAGCAGCCCCAUCCACUAUGAGCUGCGGGUUGAUCUGCGGACAGCCAACGAGUCUGCCUAUGCUGUCUAUGACUUCUUCCAGGUCGCCUCGAGCAAAGAAAGAUACAGGUUGUCCGUGGGGAAUUACAGAGGCAAUGCUGGAGAUGCAAUGACUUACCACAAUGGCUGGAAGUUCACAACGUGGGACAGAGACAACGAUGUGGCUCUCAGCAACUGUGCUCUGACACACCAUGGUGCGUGGUGGUACAAGAAUUGCCACUUGGCCAACCUCAAUGGGAAAUACGGGGAGAGUAAGCACAGCGAGGGGGUGAACUGGGAGCCAUGGAAGGGCCAUGAGUUCUCCAUCCCUUUUACUGAGAUGAAGAUUCGUCCUCAGUCUUCUAGUAAUGAGUCAGUCCUUGCAAGGAAGAAGAGAACUCUACCAGGAAAAAUGAGGAAGAUCAGGUUUUAAAUUGCCCUCUGUGCAGGACAGCACACAAAGGUUAUGAUUUGGUAUUUCUUAACAAAAUUAGCUUUGGACAACUUUCUCCAAUACUUUGGAGGCAACUGCUGGCCAACUUGGACCCAGAGGUCUCUGAAUCUGCAGCUCAGCUAGUUCCAUUCCUUUGGAAUACACUGGAUGGGUGCUGUGUCAGAGACUGGGAGGGGACUUGUGGGCAGCAUGUCACUUGUAGCUUUCCUGGUUAAACAUGACAAGGACCUGCUUGAUCCAAUGUAUGCAACGUUUAUGAAUUGUUCAUAAAACAAGCUUUAACACGUUAUUGUUUCUCAAAACCCA